AACUUAAUUUGCUAAAAUUGUAUUGAAAAAAAAUCUGAAACCAAAUUCUCCAUAUGGCAUUCUUUUGUGUUCAAGAGAAGAAAAAAAACUCGCACAGGUUUAGAACAACGAGGGCAAGUAAAUGCUGACAGAAUUUUCAUUUAUUUGGGUGAUAUGAUCUCUUUAACGACCAGAAAGCCAUAAGAGUGGCAGGUGCCACGAUAAUGUUAUGCCAUACCGAUAAAAGUUAGAAUUCCCUUGCUUUUCAAUGGUUUACAUUCUUGUGUUUUGACAAAUUGCAUAGGGUGGGGGCGCGUGACUCAGUGAGUAGAGCGCAUCAUCAUGAAUCAGUCCAUCCUCCUCUCCGUUCAUUGUGAAGCAUGCUGCUGUGCACCUUUCACCGCAAAAAUCCGCUUAUUUUAUGUUAGCAAAUAGGGAGCUAAGGCGUGGACGAUGAAAAAGAAAAGUAAACGACUUUGAGGAACGAUGUAGACCCCACAUCUGUGAAUAUGUAAUUGCGCGUAGAGAGGAAGCGAAUGGAGGACGGUAGUGAUGUGGAUUCGCGUUGCAGCAUGACAUAUUUGUAGCAAACAUGGGCUCUCAGGUUGUGCAAACGUUACGCCAAGGGAUCUGGGCUUCACUGACCGGCGGAUGGUAUCAUGAUCCAGAGCAGAAUAAAUUCAACAAUUCAUGUCACCUCUAUUUAUGGAUGUUUUUGCUCAUGCUUCCAUUAUCUCUUCAUUUGGCUCUUCCACCCACUACUGCUACCCUCAGUAUCUACUGCACCUCAGUCACAUUUUUCUUCAUCGUCAUUAAGAUGGUGAAUUAUCGUCUUCAUCAGAUGUUCGAUCACGGUGACUUUGUUGCCCAAAACAGUGUGCCUGACAUCAGCAAAGUUGUAGACAAAAAAAGCAACGCGUCUGAUUCCUGUCUUCCAUCUUUGAGGAAGAGCAGCACAGUUCCUGACAGUGUUGCCACAUCAGUAAUGACCAAAACCAGACCAAGCCCAAUAAUACAGGUCACAGUAAAACAGACUGAAACAGAUCCUGGACUGAUAGGAGAGUGUCCAAAAUCUGAGGAAUUGAAGAGCGCAGAUGGCCAGGGUGAUGAAAGAUCUAAAACAGGGGCUGAGGAAAGACUUUCACCUGAGGAUGUAUUCAGUCCCAGCACUGACCAGUCAGCUCCACUUCUGCAAGGAGAGCAGAUUCCAACAGCCAACAAAGACAAAGCUGAUGAUAAUCAAAACCCCACAGUUAAUGAGGAAGACAAUAUAGAGGAGAAAGAGAAACCCCUUACUGACCCCAACAACAAUCAUACCUCUCUUCAAAUCACACCAGAAACUGAUGAUAGAGAAAAGUCAGAGGAGAAUUAUUGCUCAGAUGAAAUUGCUGUGGUGCUGGUUGACAACUCAAGUCCUUCUGCGCACCUGGAUGAGAGCGAUACGGUGAAAAUCGUCAUCACGAUGAGCUGUGACCCGCAGACGGCAGCAGAGCUGGAGGAGUCGGUCAAACUCAGCAUCUUAGAGUCGGCUCAGUCCCACCAGGGAGAGUCGGACUGUCCCAUCAAAGUUCCUGUCGUCACAUUUGAUUCGCCUCACGAAACAGAGGAAGCCUCUGCUGAAGAUGAUAAAGAAGAGGUAGCAGUUGCAGGAGACAAAUCCGUUCAGGAGCAGUCAGAACAUCAAGACAGCCUCCUUGCCAAAGAGCCAACAAGUUCUGAUUCGGCCCAGGAGUGCAAAGAAAUAGAGAGCAAUGGCAAUGAGGUGCCCAAUCUGAGCCCACUGCUGACAAACAACAGCUCUUCAGGCAUUGAUGUGAACUCUCACCGUGAUGAAAACGACCCUCCUGAGCUCAAGCUCGAUGCUGAUGGGUUCCUGCAAAUACCAUCAGCGUAUAUGAGGUGUACACAGGGUGGAAGAACACAUGGUAGGGGACUCAGCAUUGACAGUGGACGAGAUGCGGUUCUCAUUAGCCACAAAUCCAAAGACAAGCCCUGCACAAUGACCACUUCUAAAUCAGACCUAGAAGCCAAGGAGGGCCAGAUACCCAAUGAGUCCAACUUCAUUGAGUUUGUUUCUUUGCUGGAGUCUAUCAGCAGCACCAGAUCUGGAGGAGGAAAUCAGGUUGAGGAGGAGAAGGAAGAGAAAAAUGAGCAAAGCAAGUUGACAGAGAAGACAUCAGAGAUUUCAGAGUCCACAGGACAACCAGAACACCCAAAUCCUCCUAACAGUCUGGCUACAGAUACAGUGAAAGCCAUCCCAGAAACUCGCAUUCCCAUCGUCUCACCAGAAAGUCCACAGACGGAUAAGGAGAGGGACCCAGACUAUGAUUCUUUGCCUUCACAAACAUCUCAGUCAGAGAGUUCAAUGCUACAGGUCAUCUGUAGACCGGAGGCUACGUCCAAAGAGGAAGCAUACACAUUCCACACUGUUCACAGAGAGAGACCUCGGAAACUGUACAAUGAACGCGCUCUCAACUUACCGCUUGGUGCCGAGCUCAUUACCGGCAACAUAUGUGAUCUCCUUUCUACGUCUUCUAACUCUGAGUGCCAGGAUGGGGUAGUGGGAGGCCCCGCCGACUGCCCAUUCCAGCGCCGUAUCCUUCCAACUCGCCGUCUCCGCCCCAGGAGAACUCAUCCGGAAAUCUUCCAGGAGGAGGAUUCUUUGGAUGACUCUUCGGAGACUUCAACCCAGGAGAAACCCUCGAGAAAGCUCUACUACAAGCUGAAGGUUUUUCCUGGGAAAUGGGUGAACAUAUUGUACGAUCGUUUAACCUUGUUGGCAUUGUUAGACAGGAACAAGAAUAUGACUGAGAACAUGGUGGCUGUAUUCUUAGCGUUCCUGGUGGCUUUUCUGGGGUUUGUGCUUCUGAAUGAGGGCUGCUUUAAAGACAUCUGGGUCUUUCAGUUCUGUCUGGUUAUUGCUAGCUGUCAGUAUUCCUUGCUGAAGAGCGUUCAACCGGAUGCAGCAUCACCUACCCAUGGGCAUAAUCAAAUUGUCGUCUACAGUCGUGCUGCAUAUUUCUGUAUGUUCUGUGGCCUUAUUUGGACUUUGGAGAUAGUGUUGAGAACGCCAGACCUCCCUGUGUCCACUAUCUAUGGCGUCACUAUAGUAACAUCAGAUUUCCUCCAGUAUUUGCAAGACAUUUUAGUCGGGUUCACAUACUGCUUUCCUGUAGUGUUUCUUCUUGGUCUCCUUCCCCAAAUCAACACUUUCGUUAUAUACUUUUUCGAACAAAUUGACAUGCACUUUUUUGGAGGCACAGCUGCCACUGGACUCCCAUCAGCAGUUUACUGCAUCGUACGGAGUGUUAUAGCGUUAUCUUUACUCUAUGGAUUCUGUCUUGGUGCUUUAAAGGAGCCUUGGGACGAGCAGCAUAUUCCAGCACUUUUCUCUGGCUUCUGUGCUCUGCUGGUGGUCCUGUCCUAUCAUCUCAGUCGACAAAGCAGCGAUCCAUCAGUGUUAUUCUCAUUGAUUAAGUCCAAGCUGAUGCCAUCUCUUGUACAUGAUGAGGAGGAGGAAGAUGAGAUGGAGAACACAGACCCUCUUCCAGAGAAACUCAAAAACUCUGUGAAGGAGAUUUUGCUGUCAGACCUUAUCGUCUGUAUUCUUGCCUCAGUUUUGACCUUUGCAGUUACUGCCAGCACCGUUUUCCUGUCUCUAAGGCCAUUUGUGUCCAUAGUGCUGUACGCUUUAGCGGCCACGGUGGGCUUUGUCACCCACUAUGUCAUCCCUCAGUUACGAAAACAUCAUCCAUGGCUGUGGAUCUCUCAUCCUGUGCUGAAGAGUAAAGAGUACUCGCAGUUUGAACCUAGAGAGGAUGCUCAUCUGAUGUGGUUUGAGCGGCUCUAUGUUGGGCUGUUGACUUUUGAGAAGUAUGUUAUCUACCCUGCCAUCAUCCUCAGUGCCCUUACCAAUGAUGGCUUCACCCUCAGCCAUCGGAAGAAACUAGGAAUACACUGUGAUGUCUUGUUGAUGACAGUUGCUGGGAUGAAGCUCCUUCGUGCCUCCUUCUGCAAUCCCAGCUACCAGUUCCUCACGCUCAUCUUCACCAUCGUCUUCUUUGAGUUUGACUGCAGCAGUGCCUCCGAAACCUUCCUGCUCAACUUCUUCAUUAUGUCCAUCAUCUUCAGCAAGCUUUGGGAUCUUCUUCACAAGCUGCACUUCGUUUUGGUGUAUAUCGCCCCAUGGCAAAUAGCUUGGGGUAGUGCAUUUCAUGCAUUUGCACAACCCUUCGCUGUACCUCACUCUGCCAUGCUCCUGCUUCAGACCUUCAUUACUACAAUCUUCUACACACCCCUCAGCCCUUUUCUCGGGAGUGCCAUAUUUAUCACCUCUUAUCCACGGCCUGUAAAGUAUUGGGAGAGAAACUACAACACCAAACGAAUCGACAAUUCAAACAGUCGUCUGGUGUCGCAGGUUGACAAAGAGACUGGCUGUGAUGACAACAACCUCAACUCGAUCUUCUACGAGUAUUUGACGCGUUCCCUGCAGCAUUCCUUAUGUGGAGAUCUGAUGUUGGGCCGCUGGGGAAACUACUGUGCUGGCGAUUGCUUCAUCCUAGCUUCCGACUACCUUAAUGCACUUGUUCACCUCAUUGAGGUCGGCAACGGUCUGGUAACCUUCCAGCUGCGAGGCCUGGAGUUCAGGGGCACGUACUGUCAGCAGCGAGAGGUGGAGGCGAUCACAGAGGGGGUUGAGGAGGAUGAUUCGUGUUGCUGCUGUGAGGCGGGUCAUUUACCUCAUCUGCUGUCCUGCAAUGCUGCCUUCAAUCUGCGCUGGCUGGCCUGGGAAGUUACCACCACUAAAUACCUGCUGGAGGGCUACAGCAUCAGUGAGAACAACGCUGCCACCAUGCUGCAGGUUUAUGACUUGCGCAAGCUGCUCGUCACUUAUUACCUUAAGAGUAUCAUCUACUAUCUGGUGAUCAACCCAAAGAUGCGGAUAUGGGUUAAAGAUGAAUCCAUGCAGGAAGCCCUGCUGUCCUACAGUAAAUGGCAUCACAUUGAGAAGGACCCAGCUGUGUUCAGCAUGAAGAUUGAUGAAGACUAUGUCCAUUGUCUGCAGGGUGUCACAAGAGCCAGCUAUUGUAAUGUCUACCUGGAGUGGAUUCAGUAUUGUGCCAACAAACUAGAAGAGCCAGCGGACAGCGAUGAAGAUUCUGCAUUGGUCACUCUGUGUUUCGCUUUAUCUGUGCUUGGCCGAAGGUCACUCAGUACAGCAGCACAUAACAGAUCUAACAGUUUGGAUUCAUUCCUCUAUGGCUUCAACUCGCUUUUCAAAGGUGACUUCCGCAUCGCCGCCAAAGAUGAAUGGGUGUUUGCUGAUAUGGACCUGCUGCAGACGGUGGUCGCGCCUGCGGUCAGAAUGAGUCUGAAACUUCACCAGGACCACUUCACAAGCCUGGAGGAGACGGAAGAGCCUGCCGUGCUGUACGAAGCCAUCAGCACCUACAGAAGCAGUCUGGUGAUCUGUCACGAGAGCGACCCUGCCUGGCGCAGAGCGGUACUGUCCAGCCGAGACACACUGCUAACGCUGCGUCACAUGGUGGAUGAAGUACAAGAAGAGUACAAGAUCAUCAUGCUGUACAAACGCCAUCUCAGCUUCAAAGUUAUAAAGAUCAAUAAAGAGUGUGUGCGAGGGCUGUGGGCCGGCCAGCAGCAGGAGCUCGUCUUCCUCCGCAACCGCAACCCUGAGCGCGGAAGCAUCCAGAACUCGAAGCAGGCUUUGCGAAACAUGAUCAACUCCUCGUGCGAUCAGCCUCUGGGUUACCCCAUGUAUGUGUCACCGCUCACCACUUCCUACAUGGGAACUCAUAAGCAGAUAAGAAACAUAUGGGGCGGCCCUCUCAGUUUGGAGGGCAUUCGCACAUGGCUCCACUCCAGGUGGUUUCGGGUGAGAAAGGACAACCUCACCAGCUGUAACAGCGGCAUGAACAUGGAGGAUGUGGAUUGUGCCGGAUCUUCGUACAGUCAGACUCAUAACUCUGCCACCUCCCAGAGUUUAAGCAUGCAUCACGGCCGUCCACGUAGCUCGCACUCCAGACACCACGGAGCCCACCGGGAGUAUCGCAGUCGCUCAGUGCAACCUCAGGGCCAGCGGCCCCCUGUCACAAGUCGAUCAGGCCCCAUCCUAGACAGUCACGGCUCUGGCACUGGCGGACCUGGACUGGCGCACCGUCUCUCUAAUAGCCAGCUGUCCUUCAACACAUCCUCCAUAGCUUCUGUGUUUUCCCAGGUGCCUCGUCUCUCCACAACAGGGCCUUUGGCUUCAGCCGCAGGUCACCAUCGCUCCGGCCAAGUGUCUUCAUCCAGCUCCACCCUGAGUUUGCUCUUCGGCAAAAGGAGCUUUUCCAGUGGAUUGGUCAUAUCGGGCCUCUCUGCAGCCGAGGGUGGAAACACAAGCGACACGCAGUCCUCCAGCUCCGUCAACAUCGCCCUGGGCCCAUCCUGUCGCUCGGCUAGUCGUGCGACGCAGUGGACAUCAGAGGCUUAUGAGAGCAUAGACGCCUCCUUAACCAUCGCCUCAGGGCUGAAGGGCCACAGCACCGAUAAGAGCCAAGAAGACUCAGUCUCGGUCUUCCACGAGGCACCGGAGCAGAAAACCAUAUGAGACUACGAUCACCAAAUGCCUCAGUCCAGCAUGUUGAAACUCCUGACAGUAUUGUACAUUACAGUCUUUUUGUAAAUGAAAACAUCUGCCAUGUGUAGAAUUGUAAGUAUCCUAUUUAAGGGAAUGGAACUGCUCUUCCAGACAAAAUAGUAAAAAAAUAAAGAAGAGGGACAAAAGUGAUUGUAUUUAUGGCUAAAUACAUAAGGGUGAUUCUCGCGAAAUUAGACUUGAGGUGUCGUGAAAGUAAAUGCAAAGUAAAAGUAUUAAAAUAAGAAGCAUACAGUUACAAACAUCAUGUACUAUUUUGCACAUGUUUUCAAAUGACAUCAUACAAACCAAUUUAGUUGUUUUUUCCACAUUUAAGGGGAACAUUUUAAUUACCGCAAUGUGUCCAUGACUGGAUUUGGGUUCUUUGGCAUGGAAAUAUUUAUAAUUAAAAAAUCUAAAAAAUAAAAGGCUUCAGUGUAUGUUAUACUAUGAACAUUUACAGUAAAGAAACACGUGGUAUUUGGUGAUCAUUGGUAAAUGUAGAGACAAUAAUAAGGAAUAUAAAUGUGUCCAAGAAAAAUUUUCUCACCCUCCGCAACAAUUUUAAUCAUUGUUUAA